ACUUUUAGUUUCACUUCCGGUUCCAUCUAUGACGGCGGUAUUAACUUUGUCAAUAAAGUUGCUGGUGAUAUGCGCAUGCGCAUUAGCACAAGACUGCAGAGCCGGAGAGAGUGAAUUCCGCAGCUGUCAGGGAGCGCGCAGGAAUGUGGGACUGACGUUGGCCACCGGGACCGGGACCGGGAGCCCUGUAGCCUCGCUCUUCCUGCAAUGGCUCCGGGGCCGAUGAAGGGUCGCGGCGUCGCCCGCUGAGGUCGCCAUGGCCGGCUCCCUCGCCGUCGGUGCGGUGGCGGCUCCGAGCUUCGAGGAGCACCGCAAGUCCGGCCCGCUGCUCUUCUACCGGGCCGUGCGGGACCUGAAGCCGGUCUGGAUGCUGGAGGACAUGCGCACCAUGGAGACGUUUUACCGGGAGGAGAACGCCACCCACCGGACGUACACGCCGUCGGAGGCGCUGCUCUACGCGAUAGUCCACGACCACCAGGCGUACGCGCGCUACUUGCUCCACCGGCACGCCGACGAGGCGCUCGCCAGGCCCGGGGAGCGCUUCUGCCGCUGCCCGCCGCCCGCCGCCCCGCACCUGGCCAUGGCCGUGCGCUACGACCGGCGGUGCAUCCUCGGCCUCAUCCUGCGGGAGACCCACCGGACGGCCACCGGCGGCGGCGGCGCGCCCUCCUCUUCCUCCGCGGACCGCGCCGCCGGCUGCUUCCACGUGGAGGACGGCCGGACCCCUCUGCACCUGGCCUGCGAGCUGCUGCGACCCGAGGCGGCGGCCAUGCUGCUGGGGAGCGGCGCGUCGCCGCACGCGCGGGACCGCGACGGCCUGACGCCGCUGGACGUGGUCCUGGAGACGCUCGGCGCGCGCGGCCAGGAAGGGGCGGGCGCGCGCGGCCGGCGGCAGUGCCUGGACAACCUGCUCCUGUUCAUGCGCACCGCGCGCUUCAAGAUGAAGGCGGAGCUGAGCCGCGAGCCGCAGCGCUGGCGCGAGCUGCUGGGGGGGGACACCUACGCGUACCUGGCGGGCCGCGGGCCGGCGCCGCUGGCCCUGGCCGCCAUGCAGACCGUCCUGCGGCAGCUGAGCCCCGCCACCUUCCCGGACAGCCUGCGCGAGCUGCCCAUCCCCUCCGCCCUCAAGCCCGCGGGCCUGCUGCCCGGGAGCCCGGCGGGGGGGGGCGGGGCCCCGGUGUGACCUGCGAUGCAUGCGCGGCACUAUUUAUGCAUCGUGUGUGUGUGUGUGUGUGUGUGUGUGUGUGUGUGUGUGUGUGUGUGUGUGUGUGUGUGUGUGUGUGUGUGUGUGUGUGUGUGUGUGUGUGUGUGUGUGUGUGUGUGUGUGUCUCAUGCUCACCUGUUACCUACUCACACACACAGUGGAUCACAACAGAGGGUUUUAUGAUUUUGGUUUUAAUGAAACGUAACGUUGGGGAUCUUAUAGAUCAUGUGACUGGUUAUUUAUAAAUAAACAGGACUCCGAGUGUU